AUGGUUCUCCGAAUUCGACUGUCCCGAUUCGGCAGAAAGCACGAUCCCUUCUACAACAUUGUGGUCUCACAAGCAAAAAUUGCACGCGACUCAAAACCCAUCGAAGUCCUUGGAACAUAUAACCCAGUCCCACAAAAGCCGGUUGGUCUGCUGGAUAGCGAAGCAAAGACUGCAAAACCAUAUAAAGAUAUUGCUCUUGACCGAAUAAGGACGAAAUACUGGCUUGGUGUAGGCGCUCAGCCUACUGAGGGUGUUGGCUUGGUUGAACCGAAAAUAGGCAAGGCGCAGAAGGCUCAGGCCAAUUUGAAGGCCGCGGGAAAAGCGGCAAAUACCAAUUAA